AUGGGACAAACGAGCCUGCAGUUAGUUAGUGGGAUGCUGCGGCAACUACGAUUCAGAAAUUCUAUAGGAGUUACAGCACUAGACGAGGCCUUGCAGAUUGUGCUGUGGUUGGACUUCGCAGCUUUGAAAGGAGGCUCAAAGUCCUUUAACGUUGAGAAACAUAAAGCUGCUUUGCCGGUUGGCACGGGCUAG